AUGCUGACCCACGGCCGAAACGUUUCCUAUGAUAUUCCUGACUCCAAGCUCCCGCAAGUCUCGCAAUGGCUUAUUGGGAACCCUAAUCGAAUCAAUCUGGGCCGGAUCGGUUUGAAAUACAAGGGAGAAACACUAUCUGCAGCAGCUAUCGCAGAGCCAAGACAAGAGCUAGAUCUGUGGAGCGGCAUCAUCACCUCGACUUUCAGAGUCGACGGUAAUACCGUCAAGGUGAUCACACAGGGCGACUUCGCAACCGAUGCCGUUACAUUCAAGAUCGAAUCGGACCUCGUGUCCUCUGGCGACUUGAACAUCGAGCUCGACUUCCCGUACCCGCCGAUUCACACGACAAAGUACAAGUACGAAGUCUUUGCCGGCGUGUACGAUUUCCCGUUGAACCAUACGACUCGAAUCGUCAAUAGUUGCGGGCGAUCCGACCUGGCGCACAUUCACCACGAGUUGCAGGAGACGAGCUACUUUAUCAACUUGCGCUGGCCUCACGAAGCGCCUCUCAACCUCUCCCGGGAUGAAACAGAGGGCUCUGUUAAGAUCAACGCUCAUCGAUACACGCUUUCUCCUGUUGGUGGCAGAAAUCAAACUUCAACUUCAUUGACAUUCACCGCGGACUUUUCACCCCAGAAGCAGGAUCCCAGGCCUCCGGUCGAUGUUCAAGAGGCAAGUAUCGCUGAAUGGCACGAUUACUGGAACGAGGGCGGUUUCGUCGACCUGACCUUGUCAUCGAACCCCAAUGCUACAGAGUUGCAGAGACGCAUCAUUCUGUCGCAGUAUCAUGUCCGCGUCAAUAGUGCAGCAUCCGGCCAAUCACCUCAGGAGAGUGGACUGAUGAACAAUGGGUGGUACGAACUCGCGUAUCAGUCUUCACCGAGCGACGACACCCUCAAGCAAUGGGAUGCAGUCUUGACGGCGACUGCCGACUAUAUGGCAUCAUACGCAUGGAGGAAUGAAAGCUCAGGGCACUAUGACUUGGGUCCACCCUCAUACGGCGUAACUGAGAAUACGCCACCUUCACAGACAUUGAAUUUGGCUUAUGAGAUCGCAUACUGGAGAUACGGACUCGAUCUCGCCCGCGAGUGGAAGAAGAGACUAGGCCAGCCAAUCCCCGAAAAAUGGACAGAAGUAGCCGAGAACCUCGCUCCGCCGCCGCAAGUAGACGGUCUGUACGCGGUGUACGAGGGUUUGAGCAGCACAUGGUGGCAAGACCCAGCUCUCAACGGGGACCCGCGUAGUCUUAUCAUGAUGCAGGGGAUACUACCAGACACCCCUGCAGUCGACCCUGACGUCGCGCUGAAGACCGCGGACAAGGUGUGGGAGGUGUGGACGGACCAGAAGAUCCGCGGCUGGGGACGGCCGGUGCUGGCUAUCAACUCGGCAAGAAUUGGAAACCCGGAGAGGGCUAUUUACCACUUGACGGCGUAUGAUUACUGGAAGUUUGAUGAUGCUGGCUAUGCUAUCCGCGGUGGAGAUGGCGGCACGCCUCCCCCUUUCAUGCCCGGAAACGCUGGGUUCCUAUAUGCAGUCGCAUAUAUGGCUGCUGGCGGGCAAGGGUCAGAGGGCGACGCGCCUGGCUUCCCUAAGGGAGCCGGGUGGGUUGUCAAGCAAGAGGGACUACAAAAAGCACCCUGA